AGAGAACAAAGGAAGUGUGCCAAUUACACAGCCUGCGUGUAGAAGCCGGCCCUAUCGCCGCUGACCCUGUUAGCCACCUUUAAUGUCAACUCCCCGGCUCCUAAGUGAAGGGAAUUACCCCACUCUUAGUCUCCAAUCAGGACAGAAAAAGAAGAGCAGCACAGCAAAAUGCAGAGCUUGACUCUUUUGCAGCGGGUCUGACUGCUCUUGCUGUCUACUGAAGCACAGGGUCAGGACUGUGUGGAUAAAACCCCCCCGAGGGUUUUGACAUUUCAGCCUCACUGUCUUUUUUUAGUGUUCGCUCCCUCUCCUGGCCUCGCUGCUUUUUUGGAGAGCGCCCAGAUGAUGGGGUGGUGUCGCUCAGGCGUGUGCAGAGCCCUCGCUCUCCUGGCGCUCCUGUUUCCCCUGCGGGAGAAAGGGGGCUGCUGGGGGCUGAAUCCCGGCUCUGGGGAUCUGGAGAAGUCCCCGCACUCUGAUCCAGACCCCCGGGAGGUCCUGCACAGGCACAGGCGCAGCUGGGUAUGGAACCAGUUCUUCGUAUUGGAGGAGUACACAGGAAAUGAGCCGCUCUAUGUUGGCAAGCUACACUCAGAUGUGGACAAAGGAGACGGAAAGGUGAAAUAUGUUCUCUCUGGUGAGGGCGCCACCUCCAUCUUCACCAUCGACGAGAACACGGGGGACAUCCACGCCACGAAGCGCCUCGAUCGGGAGGCACAAGCCUACUACACCCUCCAAGCCCAAGCUAUAGACAGACUCACCAAUUUACCCGUAGAGCCCAGGUCUGAAUUUGUGGUUAAGGUCCAGGACAUCAAUGAUAAUGAGCCAAAGUUUCUGGAUGGACCGUACUUGGCAGGAGUACCAGAGAUGUCACCCUUAGGAACCAUGGUAGUGCAAGUGGCAGCCACAGAUGCAGAUGACCCGACAUACGGGAACAGUGCCAGAGUGAUCUACAGCAUCAUCCACGGACAGCCGUACUUCUCAGUGGAGCCCAAGACAGGUGUCAUCAGAACAGCGCUAUCCAACAUGGACCGGGAAACCAGGGACCAGUACGUUCUUGUCAUCCAGGCCAAAGACAUGGUGGGCCAGAUGGGCGGCCUCUCCGGAACAACCUCUGUCACCGUCACGCUGACCGACGUCAACGACAACCCGCCUCGGUUCGCUCACAAGAACUAUCAGUACACAGUGCUGGAGUCGCUGCCAGUGCAAUCUGUGGUGGCGAGAAUCAAAGCAGCCGAUGCUGAUAUAGGCUCCAACGCUGAGAUGGACUACAGGAUCAUGGACGGAGAUGGGCCUGGCGUUUUUAACAUAACGACCGAUGAGGACACGCAAGACGGGGUCAUCAUCCUCCUGAAGCCUCUGGACUUUGAAACAAAGAGCAGCUUUUCUAUGAGAAUCGAAGCCACGAACAGAAACAUCGACUCGAACUUCCUGAGUGCAGGACCGUUCAGUGACACGACGUCGGUUAAGGUGUCUGUAGAGGAUGUGAAUGAGCCACCGGUUUUUUCCGUGCCGCUCAGCAAGAUGUCGGUUUCAGAAGACGCCAAAUUAGGAACUUCCAUUGGAAGAGUCACCGCCCAUGAUCCAGACAACACCAACAAUGCAAUCAGAUACUCCAUUGACAGAAACACAGACUUGGAGCGCUUUUUUAACGUCGACGCUUUAAGUGGGGUCAUCAGCACGGCCAGGCCUUUGGACCGAGAGGCCAACUCCGUCCACAACCUCACCAUUUUCGCCAUCGAGAGCCAGGAUCCGACUCAGAUAGGAAAAGGCAUCGCUCUCAUCACAGUCCUGGACAUAAAUGAUAAUGCCCCCGUCUUUGCCAUCGACUAUGAAACUCACCUCUGUGAAAACGCCAUGCCAGGACAGUUGGUCCAGACCAUCAGUGCCGUGGAUAAGGAUGAGCCUCUGAGCGGUCAUCGCUUUUAUUUUGCCCUGGCUGCACCCGUUGCCGGAAACCUCAACUUCACCCUGAGAGACAACAAAGACAACACGGCAACUAUUUUGACAAAGCGAGGUGGUUUCAGGAGACGGGAGCAGCCUGUGUACCGGCUGCCCGUGUUGAUUGUGGACAACGGGAGCCCGGCCCUCAGCAGCACAAACACGCUGUCGGUGCGAGUGUGUGAGUGUGACUCCGACAACGUGCCCCUGUCUUGUGGAGCCGUGGCUUACAUCGCGACCGGCCUGAGCACCGGCGCCCUCCUGGCUAUUUUAGGCUGCAUCAUCACGCUUCUGGUGAUGGUUCUGCUAAUUGUGACAAUGCGUCGGCGGAGGAAGGAGCCCCUGAUCCUGGAGGAGGAGAGGGACAUCAGAGAAAACAUCGUCCGUUACGACGAUGAGGGCGGCGGAGAGGAAGACACAGAGGCCUUCGACAUGGUCACCCUACGCAACCUCAACGUCAUCAGAGACCCUAAUGUGCGGCGAGACGUUACACCUGACACCCCGACCUUCUUUCAUUACCCAUCAACCACCCGCCCGUCUUAUAAAUCCCUGCCGGACAACGUGGUGUUCCGGGAGUUCAUUUGGGAGCGUCUUAAGGAUGCUGACGUGGACCCGUCGGCUCCGCCGUACGACUCCCUGCAGACGUAUGCUUUUGAAGGCAGCGGCUCUGUAGCCGAGUCGCUAAGUUCACUGGAGUCACUAAGUACAGAUUCAGAUCAGAACUACGACUAUCUGAGCAACUGGGGACCUCGCUUCAAAAAGCUGGCCGACCUCUACGGCAACAGCGACAGCGCCGGCGUCUUCUCAUAGCCCCUUAAUGUCUCUCUUAACAUUUCUUGGACUUGAGAAAAAAAAAAUACAAGUAAUUUAUUGUCAGAGAAAAUGAUUUUGUCUGCCUUAGUGCACCGGAGGAAGGGAUUCAAAGACAACACAAGAGAGAUGGAGAGAGGAACGCUUUGACUUCAAAGCUAUUCGGUUUGUUUACCUCCUUGUAUGGAUUUUGAAAAA